AUGCGGUCAGCCGAACUUAUAAAGUUGUAUCACGAUAUUGACGGUAAAGACGCCUUAACUUUGGCUGCCGAGAAUGGCGACAAAGAAUUGGUUGAGUUUCUUCUCCGCCAGCCUGGCAUGUUCGUUGACUGCGCCGUUGCACGCGGCCCUGCUUCCGCUGUCGAGAUGCUCCUGACGUCUAACGACAUCGAUUUCACUCACUACAUGUACGGCAGAACAGGUCUUUUCUUACUGGCCACUGUCUGGGGCCAAACCGAAAUUGUGCGUCUGCUGCUCAAGUGUAAUGAUGUCGACGUCGGAGCCAGUCUCCGUCUGGCUUGA